GAUGGAAAUGAGGUGUUUUUCAGGAUCAAGCGCAGCACUCAGCUGCGGAAGCUCAUGAAUGCCUAUUGUGACCGCCAGUCGGUUGAUUUCAAUUCCAUUGCCUUCCUGUUUGAUGGCCGGAGGCUUCGUGGGGAGCAGACCCCUGAGGAACUUGAAAUGGAAGACGGGGAUGAGAUUGAUGCCAUGCUGCACCAAACUGGGGGUGGUCUGUUAAGCGUGUGGAAACCAUUUUAGUUCUAUUUUUUGCUUAAAAGUUGAAAGAAUAUGUAAAGUGAACAGUAGCAUCAAGUGGACUUCAUGUGGGAGUAGCUGUGAACAAGUUCAAUAUGUGAAAUAGAUCUUUUGGAGGCUUUUGUUCUGGGAUGUUGAAUCAUUGUGCCAUCUUGCUGUUGUCCAUGAAUAUAUUUGCUUGGCUGAGAUCUUGAAUAUUUAUAGAUAAUCCUUUCUAAUA